AUGCCUGCUGGCAAGAAGAAGCGUGCCAGAUGGGAUUCGGCGCCGGAGAAAGAUGCAGAGGUCGGCGCCACGCCGAGCGCUGAUGUUACGCCAAGCGUAGAUGUCACGCCCAGUGUAGAUGUGACACCCAGUGCCACAGAUCCAUCCCUAGGCGCUACUCCAUUUGUGGGUGGGAUCAACCUGGGCGACACACCGCUUGGAACGCCGGGCAUGGCCAAUAUGAGCACUCCUGUGGGCCUGACUCCCAACUUUGCGUCAAUGACACCGGAGCAAAUCCAGGCAUAUCGGUAUGACGCCGAGAUCAACGAGCGGAAUGCUCCAAUGACAGAUGAGGAUUUGGAUGCAAUCUUUCCUCAGACCGGCUAUGAAAUAGUCAGGCCGCCGGCCAACUACAAUCCGAUCCGCAAGUCGGCCAUCAUCCAAUCUGGACCAAGGCCCACACCUGGCGGCACGCCUUUCUUCUCCAUGCAAAGUCCUGAUGCUCCAAAGCCGUACGAAGUUCCUGACAAUCCGGCAGUGGGCGAAAUGCCAAUGAUUAAGCCAGAGGACUACUCGUACUUUGCACCCUUGCUAGCUGGUGACAACGAUGACAACCUCUCCCCAGAGGAGGCAAAGGAGCGAAAGAUCAUGCGACUACUGCUGAAGGUGAAGAAUGGCACCCCGCCCAUGCGGCGAUCAGCCCUCAGACAGCUCACCGAUAGUGCGCGUAGCUUUGGACCUGGACCACUCUUCAAUCAGAUUCUUCCUCUGCUCAUGAGUAGCACCCUUGAAGAUCAGGAGAGACACUUGCUGGUAAAGGUCAUCGAUCGCGUGCUCUACAAGCUGGAUGACAUGGCCACGACCCCGGAAUGGACGGUGCGGCCAUAUGUCCACAAAAUCCUGGUGGUGAUUGAGCCGUUGCUCAUCGAUGAGGACUACUUCGCGCGCGUAGAGGGGCUCGGAGUCUCAGAAGUGCGGGCAAGUAUGCUGCUCCGCGAGAAAUCAUUAGCAAUUUGGCCAAGGCAGCAGGCACGCCGGUCUGAAGCUCCUGGUGAGAGGCUUUCAAUUCACAUUGAGAGGUCAGUCUUGGCCGCAAUGGCAGCGAGCUGUGACAGACUAGACCAGAAGCUGCACAGUACCAAGGGUGCCUAUGAGAAGAUGAACUCUUUGGCACAUGGACAAAUCUUGUCCGAGUUCACAACCGAACCAGCGGAGCUGUCAGCUCCGCUGUCGCCAUACGAAGCUGAUCUGGAACUGCAGGAGGGCAAAUUUGGGCGGCAGCUUGUGUCAAACUGUGCUCACAGCGCUGGUGAGUUGCUCCUUCGCGAAGCUCCUGCCAUUCGGCUACCAUGGCUGAGUGACACCAGGCAGGACUGGCUAGAUGCAUGGCGGAGGCUGACUCCUUCGCAGCGUGACCAGUUGGAUGACUUUGAGGCGAAUAUGCAUGCUGUGGAAGACUCUGACUGCCAAGAGUAUCGUCUCACGGACGAUGAAGUCUCGACCCUACGUGCAGAAGGCAUGGAGUGCCACCUUGAUUCGCUGGUGCAUUUUAGGCAAGUCUGCAGAGUCAAUGCCCAAUGCCUUGGCAUGAAAGCAGCUCUUUUUUCUAGGGCCUCCAAGCUCGCCCACUCCUGCCAGCCCAACUGCCAUACGGUGGAGGAUGGGAAGUUGUUGGAGCUGCGGAGCCUACGCCGAUUGGAACGCAAGGAGCUGUUGACCAUCAGCUACAUUGCGGAUGAGAAGUUGCUUCUACAAGACACCAUGUCCAGGCGUUGCUACUUGUGGGCCAAGCACUGCUUUCGAUGUCAGUGCAGUCGCUGUGAGAGUUGUGACCAGUCUCCGAGCAUAAGAGAAGAGCUUGUGGAUGCUGAACGUCGAGCUGUGACAUGCUGGCGUCGGCUGGAGAAGACCCUUGGAGUAGGAGGUUUGUUAACUCCAGCGGAGCUCAGUUUGGAGAAUUUGGAGCUUCACGGCGGUUGGAAGUGGCUUUGGCAUGAGGUCAUCGCAUGUUGCAAGGAAGCUGAAGGCCUUGCCACGAUGAUUUCAACCAUGAGACCGGAUAUUGACCACGCAGAUGAGUACGUUAGAAACACAACAGCACGGGCCUUUGCUGUGGUGGCUUCUGCCCUCGGCAUUCCCUCGUUGCUGCUCUUCUUGCGAGCGGUGUGCCAAUCGAAGAAGAGCUGGCAGGCCAGACACACAGGAAUCAAGAUUGUGCAGCAGAUUGCCAUCCUCAUGGGCUGUGCAGUGUUGCCACACCUGAAGCAAAUGGUGGACAUCAUUGCCCAUGGUCUCCAGGACGAGCAGCAGAAAGUGCGCACGAUCACGGCACUGGCCUUGGCAGCACUUGCAGAGGCAGCUAUGCCUUACGGCAUUGAGGCUUUUGAUACCGUGCUACGACCUCUCUGGAAGGGUAUUUGCGAGCACCGCGGAAAGGGCUUGGCUGCCUUUUUGAAGGCCAUCGGUUUUAUUAUCCCGUUGAUGGAUGCCGAGCAUGCAAAUUACUAUACACGAGAGGUGAUGAUCAUCUUGAUUCGAGAGUUUUCAACUCCAGAUGAAGAGAUGAAAAAGAUCGUGCUGAAGGCCUGUCGUGAUUCUCGCCUGGCAUGGACGCUGGUAGCUUGUUUGCUCCUCCUUGGUGGUAGCAGGUCUUGGCUCUCUUGGAAUUGGUCUUCGAGGCCAAAUGUGGAUGCUCCAAAGGCUCCACCGACUCGCUCCGAGUCCACCUCGAAAUGGUUUCGAAAUCCCUGGACAACACAGAAGCCUGAUGUUGGUACAUGGACACCAAAAGUAAGAGGAGCAGGGCAACCGGCCACGCAGACACACUUUGUCGGCCCUGGCAUCGUUGCUACGAAGACACUCCGUCUCGACAACUACCCGCUGUUGCUGGUGGGCGGUGCCAUCGCGCUGUGCGUGGCCUGCUUGUUUCUGCACCUUUUUUCAUCGACUGCAGCUGGAGGACACUGGCACGAACACGCACUUUGCAGUCAUUGCGGAUGUGGUCUUCACAACGUCCUCUACUUUAUCUCAGAACCAGGCAAACCUGAUGCCUUGUUUGGCAGCCUGUGUCUCAUCUCAAACCUCUUCUUUCUCGCCUUGGUGCCCUUUUUCUGGAUCAGGCGGAAGGUGCUUGAGGUGGUGUGGGUCGCCAUGGUCACUAUGGCCUCGACCAUUUACCACGGCUACCAAUUGCACCCGUUCCACGGUCCGCUCGGCCACCUCACUCGAUGCGCUUGCGCUGGUGACGUUUUGCUCUCCGUGUCUUUUGGGCUUUACUUGGCGUUUAGUUACAAAGGACGGAAGAGGGCGGCGCCGGUAGCUGCAGCUGCUUUGCUAUGCUUCAUCAUACCUUCCUUAUUGCCCACAGGGCGGAUUGCGGAGGUGGCUUACUCCCUCUUGCAUUCGACCUGGCACGGUCUGGCUGCUGCUGCAGCUUAUCUGACCUGUGCUGGCCCUGCCCGGGUAUCCUCCGUUCGCAAAGUCAUCCUGAGGCCAAAGUUGGCGCCUUCCUGA